AUGAAAGCGCUGCACCUGCACCAGCUGCUGUUACCGCUACUGCUACUGCUGUGGCUCUCCCUGUCUGUGGAAGGAAUCAGGAAAAGUGCUGACACAAGACAUAAAAAGGGUUUAAUAAAAAGAGCCACGAGGAAGGUUGCUGGUUAUACGCGCCUGUAUAAAAGAUCUUUUAAGCUCAAGGAAGAGGAAGUGCUCGGUAGGUACGAAGUUAAGGCUUACUUCUUCUUCGAUGAAUCAUUUGAAAAAAGAUUCAAAUGGAAUUUGUAUUACAAAUUUUGUAGAACGGGUAGCCCUAAUAUCUGCAACUAUAUACAAUUACGAAGACAAUUUGAGAAGUGGUAUGGUGACAAAUCAUUUUCAAUAAAGAAAUACAUGUCUGAUGUGACUUUAGUCUUUAAUCAGUUUAGUAGCAAAUACUCCAUAUUGCAGUUCGAUGUAAAAUUAGAGCCUCACAGCAUUUUAAAAAUUUCCAAGGUGCCUAACCUAUCCGAUAUCCUAAUGGAAUCCCUGACGAACUUAAUUAGUCGCAAGAAGUUGAAGCCUCCAUCGGACAUUCCUUCGUGGAGGCUGUCCUUUAAUUACAUUACUGGGGUGAAGAAGCUGGUUAUGAAGACCCCUGCGCAGGUGCCCGGGAUGAAUUUUUACUUUUACUUUGUUAUCCCAGCGUAUAAAUAUUACUACUCGCGUUUGUUUGCGAACAUCGGGGACAUCCAUUUCAAGUACGAGUGGGGAAUCAGAAAUUACAAAGUUGGCUACUUCACCAUGGAGCACAUGACCAUUCGCCAUGCGUGCACGGUGCAGAGAGGACAUGCGGUUGGUGUGGGGGCGGUCGAAGAGGUACACAGCCAACGGGAUGAGAAGCCCGCUGGGGUUAGUACUAAGGCGGGGGACGCCGGGAACGUGGCCGAAGUACCCACCCAGAAGAAGAAAAAACAGAAAAGAGAAAUAAAAAAGGACGAAUAUGGAAUUCCAGACGAAAGGCUAAAUAUAACAAGGCACAUAAACAGCAAAAUAAAAUCCAAGUACAAUUUUUGCAGAGUAAAGACAUACAACGAAACUAUAAAUAUAAAUUACAAGAAAAAAAAAAUUUUAAGCAUUCAUGAAGGGAAACUUAAGAAUAGGAGGAUAUACUCACCUGAUACUUACACAAGGCCCAUGAUGAGCAAAGUGAAAGAAUCUCUCUUUAGCAUUUUGUCUCACUUGGGUAUAUUUAGUAACUCCAGCAUAAAUGUAUUGGACGUGUUUAGUGGGAGCGGCAACCUGGGCAUCGAGUGCAUUUCGAGAGACAUACCUCAUGUGACCUUUGUGGACUUGUCCCUCAAUAGCUGCAAAACUAUAUAUGAAAAUUUAAAACUUUGUAACAUUAACCAUUCAUACAAUCAAAUAAUAAGAGCUGAUGCUAUGGAGUUGUUGAAGUGUCCUUUAAGGUUUCAUAUCGGUGAUAAAUAUCAGUUAGCUUUUUUCACUCCACCGUAUGAACAAAUUGUAUACAGUGAGUUGAUACGGAAUAUUGCCAACAGUGAACUCUUCGACCGUGACUGUCUUGUCUUUAUUGAGUACCCGAAAGAGCUUGAGAUGCUGCCCCAGAGGGUGUACAACAUGAUAGGAUUAAGGAAUAGGAAAUUUGGACGCACCUACUUUGCCUUGUACGUUCUGAACAGUUCAGGUAAGUAUCUCUUUGCUGAAAGCAGCGAUGAAUUUUACCCGCUCCAUUAUAACCGAAAGCAGCGUAGACAGGCGAAGUAUCUUUAG